GUAUCUCCUGCCACUCGCUUGUGCGUUGUUAACAGAACUGAGGAAUAGCUGCAGCGCCGCUUCUCCAUCUCGUUAAUGUUAGAAAACUCUAACCCGGCAUCCGCUUGGAGCGCAAAGUUUCUUUGAACUUCUGCUGACGGCAGGAGGAGUAGGGGUACAAAUUUGUCGAAUGUGUCUUUAGGAUUUUGCAUUUUCGCAGUACAGUCCUGGUUGCCAUGUUUCUUGUUUUGUGUUUUUCUUUCUCAUUUUUCUGACCUUCCGUUCGUGCUUCUUGGAUUAAACAAGUACCAUCUUGAACAUUUUCUGGUUGCUAUACAAAAAUCUGAAUCUACUGACGAUGUGCGCUGGCAAUAACAACAUGGUCCGUUUUUCUGUGCAGGAGCAAGACCACGGGUCUUGCCACGCCUCCCCACCGAUUUGAUCAGCCUGGAGGCGGAUCUGCCGCGUAUUGAGUGGGAAAGUUGCAACAAAAGGAGCCUGGCUGAUUUGUACAAACUCAUGAUAAAUUAUUUAUGCCUAUUCAACUACAACACCAGGGCAAUUUCCAUCACGGAAUAUACGCACUUUCGUGCCAGAGAGACGAAUGAAGGCUCCAUGGACUGUGGAAUGGAGAUAAUUCAAAAGUUAAGGAGCACGCACAUGCGGAUCCGACCAAGAGUGCCUGUACUGACCUUUAAACAUCCGAACGGAUGCGUUGUGGACUUGACCAUAAACAAGCAGUCAUCGGUGAUUGUAAGUCAUGUGCUUCGGUACUACGCUUCGGCAGAUGACAGAGUUGCACCACUGUGCCUCUUCUUAAGGAAGUGGGCCAAGGAAGCGAAUGUACACGGUGCAAAAAGUGGAGGAUUGCCGUCAGUGGCACUCAACCACAUGGCAGUCUUCUACCUGCAACAGAACCAUACAGGAACUCCAAAACAAUAUACCCCGAUUGUCUUGGAACUCUAAGAACAACAAAACCUUGGCCCAACUCUACCGAAGCAUGAUGACCUACUUUGCAAGAUUUGACUUCCACCGCAAGGCUAUGUCUAUCACUGCCUAUCGCACCAUGAGAGACAGCCUGGACGGUGACGAGACCAGCUCGAUGCAGUACGGCAUGGUCGUAAUACGAAUUAGAGUUCUAGCGUGUGGGAGCUUUGUCAGUGGUCUAGGUACGACUGACAGCGACCUCGACUUGACUGUGCUUCGAGAAAAAAACCAUGACACUGAUGAAGAGGUACUCAGCAGAGUAGAAGGACUGCUGAAGCUCAAAGGCAGUGCGAGGGUGGACACGGUGAAGCUGGUACCAGCAAGGGUACCAGUAGUUACAUUCGUCCACCAAUCAGGCUUGGCCGUGGACCUCACUGUUGGAAAAUCUUCCUCGGUUCUGGGGAGCCGUCUGCUUAAAAUGUAUACACUGCUAGAUGAGCGCGUCGCCCCCUUGGCGCUUUACUUCAGGCAAUGGGCGGCGAAAAAUCACGUACACGGGGCCCGGGGCGGUGGCCUGCCAUCCGCGGCUUUAAAUCAUAUGGUGAUCCACUACCUACAGCGAACACGACCGCGCGUGCUCCCACGCCUUCCAGCCGAAUUGAUCAGCCUGGAGGCGGAUCUGCCGCGUGUUCAGUGGGAAAGUCAGCAACAAAAGGAGCCUGGCUCAUCUGUACAAACUAAUGAUAAAUUAUUUAUGCGUAUUCGACUACAAAACCAGGGCAAUUUCCAUCACAGAAGUAUAAGCAGUUUCGUGUCAGAGAGACCAAUGAAGGCUCCAUGGACUGUGGAAUGGAGAUAAUUCAAAAGUUAAGGAGCACCCACAUGCAGAUCCGAGCCAAAGUACCCGUACUCACCUUUAAACAUCCAAACGGACUCUCUGUCGACGUGACCGUCAACAAGAAGUCAUCAGUGAUUGGAAGCCGCGUGCUUCAAUAUUAUGCUUCGGCAGAUGACAGGGUGGCACCACUGUGCCUCUGCUUAAGGAAUUGGGCCAAGGAAGCGAAUGUAUACGGUGCAAAAAGUGGAGGAUUGCCGUCAGUGGCACUCAACCACAUGGCAGUCUUCUACUUGCAACGUUUGAGGCCGCGGGUGCUUCCCCGCCUGGAGAAAGCGUUCUUUUAUUACAGACAGCCAUUGAGGACCUCGAAUGCAACGCACCCCGAAUGUGCUGGGACAGCAAGAACACGAAGACCCUGGCCCAGCUGUACCGGACUAUGAUGACGUUCUUUUCAAGAUUUGACUUCCGCCAUAGGGCUAUGUCCCUCACGGCCUACCGCGCCUUCAGAGAAACCAUUGAGGGCGAUGAGACCAGCUCAAAGCAUUACGGCAUGGUCGUGCUACGUAAGGUGAAAGAGGAUACGGUCAAGCUGGUUCCCGCAAGGGUUCCAUUGGUGAAAUUUAUACACCCUACUGGCUUGGCCGUCGAUGUGGCCGUAGGAAAAGCAUCCUGAGUUCUCGGAAGCCGUCUGCUUAAGGUCUAUACUUUACUGGACCCAAGAGUCACCCCUAUGGCCCUGUACCUGCGCAAGUGGGCGCAGAACACCAUGUGCACGGGAUCCGGGAUGGCGGACUACCAUCAGUUGCACUCAAUCAUCUAGUCGUCCAUUAUCUCCAGAGUAAGUGGCCCUUAAAGAGCAAGACCGCGCGUGCUCCCACGCCUUCCAGCCGACUUCAUCAGGCUGGAGGCGGAUCUGCCGCACUUGCAAUGGAAGAGUAAAAACACAAGGUCGCUGGCCCAGCUCUACAGGCUCAUGGUCAGUUACCUGACAACAUUUGACUUCACAACCAGGGCCAUUUCGAUCACCGCCUACAAAAGAAUGCGUGCCAAUGAACUGAUGGACUCGAAUGAAGAGACAUCCAUGGAAUACGGCAUGGAGAUUUUACACGCAGUAUCACAAACGAACAUGGCGACAUCUACCCUCUGCCAACAGUCCUACGAGAAGAUCCUUGAUGCGUUCAGGUCGGAGGUGAGGCUCAUGAGAGCCUCGAGAGUUGUUUAGGCCGACAGCAAAGCCCAAGCCAUUCUCACUCAACCAGCAUCCAUUUAAAUAUCAGGAGGGAAUAUGCUUGGGCAUUUGUAAGACGGGCUGCUAUGACGUCACUUGAAGCAGUUCUUUUCUGCUAUUGUUGCUGCGAGGCCGGAAGUUGACUUGGAACAGAAGACACUGUUGCCAGGAGGUCUGACUUUCCUUCGCGUACGUCGAGAGCUGAACUGCAGGACUGAGACAUGCGCCGUGAACCCUCUCGGGCACAGUAGUGUCCAAGUUCUUCUUGUAUCACUGUCUCGACUUGGGCGUCUGAGACGCGCCGCCGCAGACGGUCUACGCAAGUGAAGAAAACUGCCGCUAUGGAUAGUGGUGAUAGGUUCCCUGGAGGCUUCCGAUGGAUUUGAAGCAGACGCAGAUGACGUUUGAAUAAAAUUUGUACUUA